AUGAAUGUGAUGCUUCGUCGAACACCUGUCAAGGACAGCGACUGUGUAGACGCCACCAACACCUUUUGUGAUACCACAGUUCCAGGAGGCAAUGAAUGCAGGACAAAAUUUGGAUCAGCAUGUUCACAGACGUCAGAUUGUCUGAGUAACGGCAAUUGUGCUACUACAUGCUCGUGCCUAUCGAAUUUCGAACAGGAUGGCGAUUUCUGUAAAGCUUCGGUUGGGACGACGUGUUCAGUAGACAGUGAUUGCGCUGACGCAGCAAACCAUGAAUGUGAUGCUUCGUCGAACACCUGUCAAGUAUCUAUUGGAAGUUCCUGCUCCCAGGACAGCGACUGUGUAGACGCCACCAACACCUUUUGUGAUACCACAGUUCCAGGAGGCAAUGAAUGCAGGACAAAAUUUGGAUCAGCAUGUUCACAGACGUCAGAUUGUCUGAGUAACGGCAAUUGUGCUACUACAUGCUCGUGCCUCUCGAAUUUCGAACAGGAUGGCGAUUUCUGUAAAGCUUCGGUUGGGACGACGUGUUCAGUAGACAGUGAUUGCGCUGACGCAGCAAACCAUGAAUGUGAUGCUUCGUCGAACACCUGUCAAGUAUCUAUUGGAAGUUCCUGCUCCCAGGACAGCGACUGUGUAGACGCCACCAACACCUUUUGUGAUACCACAGUUCCAGGAGGCAAUGAAUGCAGGACAAAAUUUGGAUCAGCAUGUUCACAGACGUCAGAUUGUCUGAGUAACGGCAAUUGUGCUACUACAUGCUCGUGCCUAUCGAAUUUCGAACAGGAUGGCGAUUUCUGUAAAGUAUCUAUUGGAAGUUCCUGCUCCCAGGACAGCGACUGUGUAGACGCCACCAACACCUUUUGUGAUACCACAGUUCCAGGAGGCAAUGAAUGCAGGACAAAAUUUGGAUCAGCAUGUUCACAGACGUCAGAUUGUCUGAGUAACGGCAAUUGUGCUACUACAUGCUCGUGCCUAUCGAAUUUCGAACAGGAUGGCGAUUUCUGUAAAGCUUCGGUUGGGACGACGUGUUCAGUAGACAGUGAUUGCGCCGACGCAGCAAACCAUGAAUGUGAUGCUUCGUCGAACACCUGUCAAGAAUUUGGAUCAGCAUGUUCACAGACGUCAGAUUGUCUGAGUAACGGCAAUUGUGCCACUACAUGCUCGUGCCUAUCGAAUUUCGAACAGGACGGCGAUUUCUGUAAAGCUUCGGUUGGGACGACGUGUUCAGUAGACAGUGAUUGCGCUGACGCAGCAAACCAUGAAUGUGAUGCUUCGUCGAACACCUGUCAAGUAUCUAUUGGAUCUUCCUGCUCCCAGGACAGCGACUGUGUAGACGCCACCAACACCUUUUGUGAUACCACAGUUCCAGGAGGCAAUGAAUGCAGGACAAAAUUUGGAUCAGUAUGUUCACAGACGUCAGAUUGUCUGAGUAACGGCAAUUGUGCUACUACAUGCUCGUGCCUAUCGAAUUUCGAACAGGAUGGCGAUUUCUGUAAAGCUUCGGUUGGGACGACGUGUUCAGUAGACAAUGAUUGCGCUGACGCAGCAAACCAUGAAUGUGAUGCUUCGUCGAACACCUGUCAAGUAUCUAUUGGAUCUUCCUGCUCCCAGGACAGCGACUGUGUAGACGCCACCAACACCUUUUGUGAUACCACAGUUCCAGGAGGCAAUGAAUGCAGGACAAAAUUUGGAUCAGUAUGUUCACAGACGUCAGAUUGUCUGAGUAACGGCAAUUGUGCUACUACAUGCUCGUGCCUAUCGAAUUUCGAACAGGAUGGCGAUUUCUGUAAAGCAUCAACGGGCACCACGUGCAGUUCUAACAGUCAGUGUGCUGAUGCAGCCAACACCGAGUGCGACACCUCUGUAAAUCAGUGCAGACGUUCUCUUGAGUCUUCAUGCACCCAAAAUAGCCAUUGUGUGGACUCCCUCAACAGUGUAUGUGAUACCACCGUCUCAGGAGGCCAAUGCCGGAGAAGAUCUGGUAAAUCUUGCACGCAGACGUCUGAUUGUCUGAACAACGGAGAAUGCAGUGGUGGAACAUGCGCCUGCAGUACCGGAUAUCAAGUUGAAAACAACCUUUGUAAAGCAACUCUUGGAACUACAUGUACAAUAGCCGGUGACUGUAUUGCAAAUGCGCUGUGUAGCGGCAAUCCCCUCGUCUGCAGUUGUAGUUCUGGAUAUGAAGCAGAUGGAACGACUACGUGUAAAGCAUCGAUCGGGACGACGUGUUCUGCAACAUCCGACUGCGCUGACACGGCUAACACUCUGUGUGACGAUUCGUUCACCGGAGGUGCAGGACAGUGUCGAAAACAGCACGGGAAGGCGUGUACGACCGGGCAGACAGGAGUAUGUGUGAACAAUGGUCAAUGCAGCAACUCCGUGUGCACAUGUAACACGGGCUACCAAGAGAGUGGAAACCUUUGCGUUGAUGUAAAUGAAUGCAGUUCUAAUCCUUGUCUGAACGGGGCCACGUGCAACAACGAGGUGAACCAGUACUCGUGCAGCUGUGCAGCCGGGUACUCGGGAACAACCUGCGCCACUAAUAUUGACGAGUGUUCCUCCUCUCCUUGUCAGAACAGCGGCACGUGCGUGGACGGUGUCAACGGGUACACGUGCUCAUGCACUUCCGGAUGGGAAAACACCAACUGUCAGAGCGCGGUGACGGACGAGUGUGCCGCCUCUCCCUGUCAGAACGGAGGCACGUGUGUGGACGGCCUCAACAGCUACACGUGCACCUGCGCUUCCGGCUGGGAGGGAACCAAUUGUCAACUGGUAUACAGUAAUGAGUGCAGCCCCGACCCUUGCCUGAAUGGAGCAACGUGUGUAGAUGACAUCAGCGAUUAUUCGUGUACCUGUGUGCCAGGAUAUACCGGGAACAACUGCCAAACUAAACGCCGUGUGGGUCUGACGGCGACCAUUCAACGGACGUUCACAAACGCUCUGAAUGAUCCGUCAAGCAGUGCCUUCCAGACACUAGCGGGGGAAGUUCUGGCUGAGAUCAAUGACAAAAUGGGGAAUACUCCGAUGGCGUCUGUUUACAGACAAACCAAUGUUAUAGGAUUCAGUUCUGGAAGUGUUAUAGUCCACGCGGUGAUGAUCUUCAACUCAGAUACGUUUACAGACUCCGGUGGGAACACGUUAACCUUGACUGCCGGUGCCGCUCAGACGGAGCUCGUGCAGGCUCUGGUGGACGCGAACUCCGUACUCUUGAGUGCCGACUCCAUACAGACCAGCACUUCAGUCCUCGUUCGUAAGUAA